GCCGGCUUAAGCCAUAUGGAAAAUGUGAUAGCUCUUGCUAUGCUUUGACCAACCCUGAUCCUUUCGUGAGCCUCAAAACCAUUGUGGGGCCAUGUCCCAGCUCAUUAAUAUUCCCAGCUCGUCCCUUUUUAUUUCCGGAUUCAUGGGCGACAGACUAGAAACUACUAGUACUACUGAACUCAAGCGUGACGGAAACAUCCUUGUUGUGUGCACUCCGUACAUCUUAGAACCUGACAACAAGGGCCCUCAGGCUUUGCAUUAUUUUAUCACAAGCCCUGUGGACCUAAACUGUGGAGGUGAUGAUGAAUUGUUAAUGCUCCGCGCUUGUGAAAAUCUUUGUAUAAUAAUAUUAUUACGAUCGACGAAUCCCCAGGCCAAAAAUAUAUUCAUUGGGAGUCUGAUUUGGAAGCUGUAG